AUGGAUCCACAGAGCAGUACUGGACGAGCAAAUGUUGAUGUUGAAGAAAGUCGACCUAUCAGUGAUCAUGCUCAAUUAUCUGCAUAUCAGAGAGUUUCUAUUGAAGAUGUUUUAAAUCCGCUAUCUGCAAAUCCAAAUCCAAUUGCAAGUUCAAGUUCUCUAAACGAUUGUUUUAAUGAUGAUAUUCACAUGCUGCCAGCUUAUAGACAAUUGUCAGAUGUCCAGGAGGAGAUGGCUGAUGGUUUAUGCAAGCUUAACUAUAUGGAAUUUGGGGAUGUGAUAUCCUUCGAUGCAACUUUCAAGACAAACAGGUACAAGAUGGUGUUUGUCCCGUUCACUGGCAUUGACAAACAUUGUCGAAAUGUAACACUUGGAGUUGGGUUGUUGGCAUCGGAGAGCAUUGAAUCAUAUAAAUGGCUCCUGAAUUCAUUUUUAAAGUCAUUUGGUCAGCAACCAAAGGUUGUAGUGACUGAUCAAGACCCUGCUAUGAAACAGGCUAUUGAGGAGGUUUUCCCUAUUAGCAGACACAGAUUAUGCAUGUGGCACAUAAUGAAAAAGUGGCAGAUAAGGAGGAUGUGCGACAUUGUAUGGACUGAUUCCAUUGAGCCCGAAGAAUUUGAGAGACAGGGGAAGUUGGUGAUGAUUGAGUUCGGUCUCAUAGAAAACAAAUGGAUCGAUGAUAUGUUUGUGAUGAGAUCCAUGUGGAUUCCGGAUUUUUACCGACACGAGCCAAUGUCGGGACUUAUGAGAACAACCUCAAGAUCAGAGAGUGAGAACCAUUUUUUCUGCCAGGUGGCUAAUUCACAACUCACUCUCGUAGAGUUUAUGAAUCAUUUUGAUGGUGCAAUGGAUGUCCAACGUUUUAAUCAUAGAAAGAACGAUCAUAUUUCAAGAUAUGCCGAGCCUGCUGAUUGGAGCGAAACUACUUUGGAAAAAGAUGCUGCUAAGAGAUUUGCCAGAUCUAUAUUCUUUGAUCAGCAAAUAGAGAUCUAUGGUACAAUUUCUGAAUGUCUGCCCAUGGAGACUAAAAUAGAGGGUCCACAUAUCAAGAUAAUGUUGAAGGACUUUAAAGCCCAUGGAGAUGGUUUAUUGGAGGUAUUAUAG